CCUGCGCCCGGCUCCCCGCAGCUCUUGUGUCCGGGACGAUGUAGCCAGACCUUGCCUCACUCUGGCCCCAGGCUCCUGCCCCAGGCGCCCCCUCCUGCGCCCCCAGAUUUCCUCCUGCCCUGCUCUGAUUUCCAGCCGGGCGCCCCUGCUGCUCCAGGAGUGUAAAGGGAGGAGAGAAAACCACCGGUCUAGGCCGGGUCUCCAGGAACCCGCGGCCUCCAUGCGGGGGUGGUGGCCGGACGGGCGUUGCAUCCCCUCCGCAAUGCAACCCUAUCUUCCUCCUGAAUUCCCACAUCCACUGUCACACCUGGUCCUCGAAUUGGAAAGACGCGGCCUCGGGUCCCCUCUGCAGGAGAGGAGUCCGAGAGCUCGGAGGGACAGGAUGCGCAGUACUCCUGGGAUAAGAAGGUGAGGGUCUCGACCCAGGUCCAGCUAGGUCCUGGUGGUUGCCUUCAGAAACCAUCCAGCGGGUCUCUCUCUCCAAAGCCGAAGAAGCUUCCACCUGGACGACAAGGCCUGGCUUUCGAGGACCUAGAGGAGCCCGGCUGGAGCGCCCGCCCCGCGGCCUCGCCUCCCUGCCGAGCCUCCAGCGCCUCGGGACGCGAUGAGGACCUGGGCUUGCCUGCUGCUGCUCGGCUGCGGAUACCUCGCCCAUGCCCUGGCCGAGGAAGCCGAGAUCCCCCGUGAGCUGAUCGAGCGGCUGGCUCGAAGUCAGAUCCACAGCAUCCGGGACCUCCAGCGACUCUUGGAGAUAGACUCCGUAGGGGCCGAUGAUGCCUUGGAGACAAGCCUGAGAGUCCAUGGGUCCCAUGCUACCAAGCAUGCACCCGAGAAGCGGCCUGUGCCCAUUCGGAGGAAGAGAAGUAUUGAGGAAGCCAUUCCUGCCGUUUGCAAGACCAGGACGGUCAUUUACGAGAUACCUCGGAGCCAGGUGGACCCCACAUCCGCCAACUUUCUGAUCUGGCCCCCGUGUGUGGAGGUGAAGCGCUGCACAGGCUGCUGCAACACCAGCAGUGUUAAGUGCCAGCCCUCGCGGGUCCACCACCGCAGUGUCAAGGUGGCCAAAGUGGAAUACGUCAGAAAGAAGCCAAAAUUGAAAGAGGUCCAGGUGAGGUUAGAGGAACACCUGGAGUGUGCGUGCGCAACCUCCAACCUGAACCCAGACCACCGGGAGGAGGAGCCGGGAAGACGUAGGGAAUCAGGUAAAAAGCGGAAAAGAAAAAGGUUAAAACCCACCUAAGGCGGCUGACCAGAUGUGAGGUGAGAUGAGCCGGCCACCCUUUCCCAGGACACAGAUGUACGUGGCGUGUGACAUUCCUGAACAUACUAUGUGCGGUGCUUCAUUGCCAAUGUGCGGUCUUUGUUCUCCUCCGUGAAAAACUGUGUCCGAGAACAAAGCAACAGUGUCCGUUUGUUCAGUGUGACAUGAAAGCAAGUAUUGUAGCACUCGGAGAGACGGUGAGAAAGCUUCCUUGUCACAGAGCGAAAACAAAACCACAAAAACACAACAGACAAAAAAUCGGGCUCGAGAAAAGACUGAAGCCGGUGGCAGAAAGGCCACCCCACAGGACAGACGCGUGGCGCCCAAGGCUGGCUACCGCCCUGGAUUCUGCCCGCACGCACAGGUGCUUUUUUGCUGAGGAUGUGCUCGGAGCCUGCUUGGGAUGCUGCAGCCUGCCAGCUCCGCGGGACGCAGGAAGCCGAGUGACUGGGGAGUCGCCAGCAGGCCUUGACGCCGCCGCCUCGCCAGCCACCUCACCAGCCGUAGCGCCUGAGUCUGCACAGGACCUUCCCGAGAGCCUUACGUGGAAUUUCUUUUUUUUUCUUUCUUUCUUUUUUUUUUUUUUUUACACCAUAAAGUGAUUAAGCCUUUCCUUUUUACUCUGCCUAGCUUUUUUUUUUUUUUUUUUUUUUUUUUUUAAAUCUCUUGGAUGACGUUUUUGCCAAUAACACAUGAGGCUGCUGUAAGUUGGGACAGCGCGACGGUUAUUUUUUUUCCUAGCCAAACUAAUGAGGUGUAUUAAAAUAAACACGGUAUACCUACCUAUAUACAUCA